GAGGGGUGGGAAAGGGGGAGAGAAAACCUCGUUGUCAUUAUGAUUAACUGGUUGGUGAAAAUUACACCAACGGGAUAGGAUUCAGUUCACGCAGCGGCUGAAGUUCUCAUGAAGAACUCUUUUUCUCAAUUUAUCCCUUACCUGAGAUGUGGUGACCCUCAGGUGAAAUCAGCUGCUGUUCUUUCCUCCAUCCCUCUCCAGGUGGUUUUCUACUUCAAUGUGUUUUAUUAUUCUUUUUAUUUUCUCGCCACAUUGCUAAUGAUUAUCUACAAAAGUCAGGUAUUCAGUUUUCCAGAUGGUUACCUGGCUGUUGAUCUGAGUCUUCUGAUUCUCAUGUUAAUUCUGGAAGUGAUAAGGCUAUACUUUGGUUUUAAAGGUAACCUGACUGAAGAAGAGGUUCCGAUUGUUACUAGCCUGGUCCUGACGAUUGGAAAUGUGAUGCUUUCUCUGUACUACUUGUUGUGGCAGACCUAUGUGCUGAAAGCAGAUGUAAUAAUAAAUGCACUUCUCCUGGUAACCUAUGGAUUGGAGGGGAUUUUGGCCAUAAUUGCUGUUUCAGCUCUUACCAGGUAAUCUGAUCAACAGUCAGUGAUAUUGAGAAUAGUGUUAACUAUUAAUUGUCACUCACCAGCCACCCCCCGCCCGUAGUGAAAGUAUCCCUACUGAUUUCAAUAAGGAUCUUUUGAGUGUUAGAUUCCUGGUAAAAACUGUAAAUGUAGUAAAAUAUUCUGCAAUCAUUUUAAUAUGCCUUAGGUGAGGAUUGUGAACAUGAAGUUUCCAUUUUGAAUAUCAACUUUAGAAUACUAAGUUUUUAGCUGUUGAAUAAAUAUCCUCUUUGCUGCUUUACAAGAUUGCAUACAGAAUGGUUAGAUACAGUACUGCCAGGUUACAAAUAUAAGUGGUUAGAUGCAGAAUAAAACAUCUUCAAUGAUAAAAAUAAAACUUCAAAUUUGGCUUCAAGAUGACUUAAGUUGACAAAAUUCUAAUUCAAUCCAGCUUCAGUAGGUAUUUGCUCCAUAGAUUUUGCAUUUCACAAUUCUUCACUCUCUACCUCCUGAAUUUCUAUCACCUUCACUCCCACUCCACACAUUCCUCUAUCCACCCUCUCCCCUGCCUCUCUUUUCCAAACUUUCCUCUCUCAUUCCAUCCCUCUCCCUCU